GGCAGCGCGGCGCCGCAUGAGUCGCUGAUGGAGCCGGGCUCGGGGCUGCUGCAGCGCAGGGUGGGGGGCGGCGGGCUGGACCUGGGGUCGGGCUCGGCGGGGGGGUCGCCGGCGCUCUCCGGGGGUCAGUCCCGCCGCAGGAAGCAGCCGCCGCGCCCGGCAGACUUCAAGCUGCAGGUGAUCAUCAUCGGAUCGCGGGGGGUGGGCAAGACCAGCCUGAUGGAGCGAUACACCGACGACACCUUCUGCGAGGCCUGCAAGUCCACCGUGGGUGUUGAUUUUAAAAUCAAAACAGUAGAGCUAAGAGGAAAGAAAAUUAGAUUACAAAUCUGGGACACAGCAGGUCAGGAGAGAUUCAACAGCAUUACCUCAGCUUAUUACAGAAGUGCCAAGGGAAUUAUUUUGGUGUAUGAUAUCACCAAGAAGGAAACUUUUGACGAUUUACCAAAAUGGAUGAAAAUGAUUGAUAAGUAUGCUUCAGAAGAUGCUGAGCUUCUAUUAGUUGGAAAUAAACUGGACUGUGAAGCUGAUCGAGAGAUUAGUCGACAGCAGGGAGAAAAGUUUGCACAGCAGAUAACCGGGAUGCGGUUCUGUGAAGCCAGUGCCAAGGAUAAUUUUAAUGUGGAUGAAAUAUUUCUAAAACUUGUUGAUGACAUUCUGAAAAAGAUGCCACUGGAUGUUAUAAGAAAUGAGUUGUCCAACAGUAUCCUGUCCCUGCAACCAGAGCCAGAAAUCCCACCAGAACUGCCUCCUCCAAGGCCACACGUCCGUUGCUGUUGACUUGUUACUCCAUACAGAGGGAAAAAUAGGAGUGGGAGGGUAAAGAAAGUAUCUGUACUACUCUGCACUACAAUCAUUUGGCAGUUUCUUGUUGCACUUUGUUAUUCGAGUCAGAGCUACACACUAACUUGUAAAUAUGCAAAUAUGCAAUCCUAUGUAGGAUUCAGCUAUAACAUUUAAUUAUUACCCCUCUCCCUCACAAUUAUGUUUCAUUGAUUUCCCCAGUGUUAUAAAUACUGUACAGUUGGUGGGGGUUUAGCACACUUCCAGUUGAGGAGGAGAAGAAAUUAAAUCUAUACCUAUUCUUGACAUAAAUGUUGUAUUAGUUCUUGUUAUUAUAAACAGGCAGGCAGAAGCUCUUCUGGUAUAAAGAUAAGUAUAUGGUGCUUUGCUAACUAUUUCAAGGACAAUUUUUUUAAAAAAGAGGACUUUAUGUACAAAGCUUUCAUAAUCAGCAUUAUGUUUCCUUUCAAUGUAGUGAAGACAGUUUUGGCUCUGCUGACUGGAUUUAUUGAAAAGCUAAGUUUAAUUUUUGGCAGUCUUAUUUAUUUUGUUUAGUGCUGCACCCUUUUUUUGUAUACCGAGACAUCACAUCUGGUGCAGAUCUAAGAUUGCACUCUGGAGUAGCAUAUAUAAUUUUCUGUAUAAGCAUAAACUUGGUUGCAAGAAUCAUUAAGUUUCAAUAAAGGAAUGGAGAUAUAUUCAAGCUCUAAAAGAAGGUAUAAAAAGCAAUGCUGCUGUCCUAGACAAAUUCUUUUAAAAAAAAAAAUUUAUGAUAUGUUAAGGAAUAUAUAUGUGUAUUUGUCUGGACAUCUGUGGGGCUGGGGGGAAGGGAACCUAAAGUAAAAUUAUUUUCUUUUCCAAAUGGUGGAAAUUAUUCCCAUCAAAAAAUACUGUGUUAGGGUUUUGUCUGAUAAUGAAUUUGUGAAUUAUAUCUUUGGUAUAUCUUUUAUUAAAAUGCACUGUUUAGUUUAGUUGUGGUAAAUCAAUAGUUACCUAUUUGAAUAACUUGGUGUGUCCUGAAUGUUGUGGUAUUGAAAAACAUUGUGGUCUUUCUAAACUAAUGAAGUGCAAAUAAAAUUUUGUAUUUAUGAAUGACAGUGGAACUGCACCUGUUAUUAGAAUGGCAAGUAUGAACUGAUGGGUAAAAGGUAGGAUCUGGAGUACUUGUUUUAAUUUUGUUAUGAUUUAAUUUUCAGUUUGACAGUUCCUUUAGGUGUAAUUAAAACAGCAAUGGGCAUUGGCUGUUCACCUUGAUCACUGCUCUGCUGGGAGAGCAGCUGAUGACCUAGCCCAGCUGUUAUCUUCAAAUAGCAUGUGACUGCUUGUCAUGCUAUCUUAGCAAGUGGUCACAGAACUAUUAAUUACACUGGCAACACAAGUAUGAACCAGUCUUUUUCACACAACAGCUUCUCUACUUCUCAUUCUCUGGUGCUGGAACCCAUUUUGUCACUUUUGCUAUUCUUCUAGCCAAAACACUGGCACUGGCCAGAUAGGUAUACCAUUGACUUAAGCAGCUUCUCUCUGUUUUUUGGAAGGAAAAAAAGAUGCAACAAACUGCUAAUGUUAAAAAAAUUAUAAAAAAUCAGUCCUUCACAGAGUAAGCUCUGACAUUCUGAAUACAAUACCAUGCAGGUCUUUAGCACACCUGGAUUUCAACUGACAAGUUAAGGAAGCAUGGUUGAUAUUUGUGCUUAUGUCUUCUGCCACCUUGUGCCUAAAUGGUUUGCUUUUUUUUAUGUAGUAAACUUACAGUUUACUGUCAUGUUGGUAAGAUAAAAUCGAUUUCUAAAGCACUUGUAGAAUUUCUGUUUUUCUGGUACUGUGGGCAAUAGCAAGGA